AUGAGAAGAAGCCCGUCCAGAUCAAAUAAUAACUUUGCAGUACCGAAUUGCUCAACUAAUUCAAACUCUAGUCAGCAACAAUUAACUACACCUUCAGAUGAUCUCAACAGUAACGAACCUAAUGACCCAGAUGAUAGUAGGUCUCUACCUACUAUCAAGAAAUUCAAUAAUAAACAUUCUAUAAACAAUUACAACACUUUAGCAUCGGCCGGGAAAAACAACAACAAUAAACGAGCUAGCAAUGAUAAUUUGCUCAUUCCUGGUGAGAAUGCCCAUAAACAGAAAAUAUACACUAAGGAUGAAAACUUGAAGAGCUUGUACCUAGAUAUCGAUGUUUCUGUCGCUAAAGCCCUAUCCUCAUCAGCAACUGCUCCGAAGCUGAUCAAUACCGCAAGAACUUCCUCUACUACCACUGCCACUACCUCAAAUAAUAUCCUGACAUCACCCUCUUAUCGUGAAUCAAAUUAUUCUUCUCCAUCCUCAUAUUCUUUUUCCUCCUACUACUCAUCCGCUACGUCUGCUUCCUCAUCAACCUCAUCAUUUUUAAAAUCUUCAGGGUUAUCGUCCAGAGUUAAGUCUCCUUCAUCUUCGGUUAAGGCAGGUUCUUUUGGUGCGCCUUCGUCCCCAACAUCUGGGAUACCUAAUCCUAAAAGUAGCAAGAAGCCUAUAUUUUUGAGACGGUAUUCUCAUGAUACCUCUUCAAAUGAAGGUCUUGAUAUCGAUGUUGCGAUCGAAAAAUUACUACAAGUGGGUGAGUCAAGAGAAAUUACAAAAACGUCCAAAAAAAAGAACUUUCCAUUCCAUUCUUGGGAAAUUCAACUCAUUUGCUAUCAUGCAAGAGAAAUUUUUUUGAAUCAACCUACUCUUUUGAGAUUACAAGCGCCUAUCAAAGUUGUCGGUGAUGUUCAUGGACAAUUUAAUGAUUUAUUGAGAAUUUUGAAGUUGUCUGGUGUGCCAUCUGAUACUAAUUAUCUGUUCUUGGGUGAUUAUGUGGACCGUGGUAAGAACUCAUUGGAAACAAUACUAUUGUUAUUAUGUUACAAAAUAAAGUACAAAGACAACUUUUUUAUGUUAAGGGGUAAUCACGAAUCUGCUAAUGUCACAAAGAUGUACGGUUUCUAUGAUGAAUGCAAAAGGCGAUUGAGCUCGAAAGUAUGGAAAAUGUUCGUUGACGUAUUUAAUACUUUGCCAUUAGCAGCAAUUAUUCAAGAUAAGAUCUUUUGCGUUCAUGGAGGUAUAUCGCCCGAUUUACAUGACAUGAAGCAAAUCGAAAAAGUCGCAAGACCAACGGAUAUUCCUGAAAGCGGGCUGGUUACAGACUUACUGUGGAGUGACCCAGACCCUCAAGUAACUGAUUGGUCAGAAAAUGAUCGUGGUGUUUCAUACACAUUUUCUAAGAGGAACGUUCUUGAUUUUUGUGCUAAGUUUAAAUUCGAUUUAAUACUUAGGGGACAUAUGGUCGUAGAAGAUGGUUAUGAAUUCUUUGCCAGGAAAAAGUUUGUCACAAUCUUUUCAGCACCAAAUUAUUGUGGAGAAUUUCAUAAUUGGGGGGCAGUAAUGAGCGUUACAACGGGUAUGAUGUGUAGCUUUGAACUGUUAAAGCCGCGUGCAUUGAAAAAUAAAAAGAAGUUAUACAAAACCAAAGUGUAG